AACCGUCGACAUUCGUUCAGUCGUGUGUUUACAUUAUAUGGACAUGUCCCCAGUUGUGUUUGUAGCUAAGUAAAAGCAGUUUUCGGGUUGAAACUUUGUUAAAAUUAAUCGUUAAUGAUUAAGUAAAUAAUUUUCAAAAUGUCACCGGCCAGAAGACACGGCAGUGAGAUGGAUUUCUGCCGGAAACAGGUGAAGUCAGACUGUGAGGAGCUGCUGAGACGCUUCCAGAAAACUGAGUCUGUUCGCUUCGAGAUUUUCUCCAGAAUAUGGAGGGAAAUGAAGUUCUCACAGAUUUUCUAUGGGACUAUGACACAUGAGAAGCGAGCGUUCAGUCGUCUGAUUCUGGACACCGCCUGCAGCUACUUCCUGCCUCCAUUCAGCUUCCAGAUCAGAGUUGGAGGACUCUACCUGCUGUACAGCCUGUAUCGGUGUCAGACUGCCAUGCCCUCUGAGCAGAUCCGUCUGGCGCUGAAGGACUGGGAGGAUGUGAAGAAGUUUGAGAAGGACGCUGUGGACGCUCAGCACCUGGACGUCGUUUACAUCCUCAAACAGCUGAUGUCCCUCAAAGCUUUCAACUUCACCGCCAUGCCCACUCUGCUUGCCUUCGGAAGGAAGAGAAAGUUGGAGAAGGCGGUGCUGUGCGAGGAGUUCAUGGAGCGACCGUCUCGUCCACAGGAGCUGAUCAACAUGGAGCUGCUAGAGGAAUUGUCCAACAUUAAUGAACUCUAUGGGAAGCUGAAGACUUCUGUCUGUUUGAUGACAGAGCAGCCGAACUCCUCCCUCAGCCUGAUUCGUAAAGACCUCGUCCCUCAGCUACAAAACACUGUAAUGGAUUUUUACAAGUGGCAGCAAAGGAGGGAUUGUCCUGAUGAAGAUGAAGGUGAAGACAGCGGUGAGGGAACAUCAUCUCAGAAGGAGUGCACCAAAAGAGCCGAGCUCCUCGCAUCCAUCAAAUCAAAGGCAUUCAAAGAGGCCACAGAGGUCUCCAAGUCACGGCGUCAUCGCCAGGUGGAGGUGGAUGUCACGAAUAACGAGGCCGGGCCCUCCAACUCAUCAGGUUCCUCCAAAGCAGUGAAACCAUCACUUAAAGCCAGAACUGACCAGAAAGUACAUGUCUCAGGUGAGCUGUUGAAAGAAGCCACAACAGCAACCAGUAUUAGCCGUCUCAGCACUGUGGACUUUGGUCCUGAAGAAAAAGCAAAACCAAAAAGAAGAUUCAAGUGGUGAUGACGACAUCACAGGAGUCAACGUGCUUCCUGACUGGAGCUGCUGCUACGUAGAUUUUGAAGUUUGUUUCAAAAUGUUGAUAUGAUUUGGUGCUGUAAAGACUUUUUUAUGAUCUUUUAUUACACCCAAACAUCUCUGUUAAAGAAAGAAUAUUGUCCCGUAUGACUUCUGUUCUUAAAUGCAGCUUGGAUGCUUUGUAAAAUGUGAACACCUUGACAAACUCAUCAAAACUGAAGAAAUUUAGUUUUCUUUUUGCAGUUUUACAGCCAUCGCUUGUUGAAAAUGGACUCUGUACCUGCCAGAUACAUUUUUACCCUUUGCCUUUUACAGUGCAGGCAGCGUUCAUUGUGUCUAUACACAAAAUUUAGGUAAAUGACUGUAAACAUUUUCCUCAUAACAUUAAUCUCUCUGUGCAGCUUCUUCUGUGUAAAACUUAAUUUUCUGCAGUUUUCUGCAGUUAUUGUUUCUGGUAUGUAAAUAUUUUAUAAAUCUCUUUUUUUUUA